CUUUUCUUCAAUGGAUAAAAUACUCUCUUUGUUAAAAGACCAAGAUAUAAAAACACCGAGUGAGCCACAAACUACUACACUUCCAGUUGGUUUAGAUCUCUCCAAGAUCAGUCAGAACGUUAUUGAUCAAGUGAGAAAUGAAUAUUUAGCCACCAAAAAGAACCAAGAAAUAAAGAAUGCUACCUCAAUCACACCUGAAGUGUUGUCAGCCAUCAGUCGACUGGUAAAAGAAACAAAUCUAAUUGACACAUUGAAGCAAUGCAAGUCGAGACAAGACAAAAAAGAACGAGAACUUUAUGCUCACCGAGAAUCCAUUCGAGAAAGAUACAGAAAACAAAAAGACGGCGUUUUGGCAAAGCAGUUAAUAGGUGUUCAAAGAGUAGAUAAAGAAUUAAAACAAAUCGAGAGUGAAAUGAGCAAAGAACUACAUAGAAUGGAUCUGCAAAUCAUCAAAGACAUGGACACAGAAGUAAAGCAUCUACAACAAGCAUUUUCAAAAUUAGACGUGCCCUUUUUUAAAGUGACCAAUGAUCCACAAGACAUUAAACUACAGCAAAAAGUACUUUUUAUCUUGCAAGAUAUGAUUUAAUAAACAUUGUUUGAUUUAAAUAGGCAA